AUGCGCAAAUGGCGCGCUGAGAACCGAGAGAAAAACCGACAAAACGAUUUGCGAUGCCGUGUGUAUCGGCUUGCUCGUCAGAAAUUCGGAGAGCACGAUUCUAUAGAAAAGCAAGCGUUUGUACGUGAAGAGAUAUCUCGGCGCCUUGGGCGGCGAAUGUUCACCAGUCAUCAUGAGGCAGGUGGAGGGCUUUUGGAUAGCCUGGAGGAACUGCCAUUCUACAGUGCUCCACAGCAAAAGAUCGAAUUACCUUCGAUUCAGAGUUUCCAGCGUAGUGACAGCUGGUCUUCGGACGACAUGUUACCUCCACUUUCACCCUGCAUGCGUCGACGCACUAGCAGUAGCAGUAUCAGCAGUUUGAGCAGCAUCACCAGCGGCUCGCAGAAUCAAGAGGAUACUACCGUUUUGCCACCCAUGCAAACCAUCCUAAAUUAUGUUUAUAAUGUCAAAUAUGUCGAACCCGCGAGGAUCUUGGACGAAUUCGUUGGCGUCAUCCUGAACUACGCUCAAGACGAAACCAUGGCCACAUAA